CCAUAGAACCUGCCUCCACCGCCCUCUGAGGCAGAGAAUUCCACAGACUCACCACUCUCUGUGAGAAAAAGUGUUUCCACUCAAUUUAUAGAGGUGUAUAAAUUCAUGAGAAGAAUAGAUCGGGUAGAUGCACAGAGUCUCUUGCCCAGAGUAGGGGAAUCGAGGACCAGAGGACAUAGGUUCAAGAUGAAGGGGAAAAGGUUUAAUAGAAUCUGAAGGGUAAAAUGUUCACACAAAGGGUGGUGGGUGUGUGGAACAAGCUGCCAGAGGAGGUAGUUGAGGCUGGGACUAUCCCAACGUUUAAGAAACAGUUAGACAGGUACAUGGAUAGGACAGGUUUGGAGGGAUAUGGACCAAGCGCAGGCCGAUGUGUGCAGGGGUCUGUUUACACACUGUAUCACCCUAUGACGUUAUGAAACGUCGCUGAUCCAUGUUCUCCAGAGAUGCUGCCUGACCUGCUGGCUCUAAACCAGUUGGGUUAAUUUUAAUCGAUGCCUGUCCACCUCUCUCUCAACAGUCCAUGCACUGAGACCAUCGGAGAUAAAAGUUGUUGCAAUGAUGGGCGAUUCGCUAAUCGCUGCUUCUGCUGAGGACCCAGAACCAUUGAUAAGCAUCCGUGAGGAUCCAUUUGGCAGGACGCAAGUUUCCUUUCCAGAUAUUUUGAAGGCUUUUAACCCUGACGUUAUCGGAUACUCUCCAGGCAACAGGAACUAUGACAAGUCUUUGGACCAGUCCAUUCUGAACGUGAAGGCUGAGGAAUUAUCGGGGCAGGCUCUGAGACUGGUGAACAGUUUAAAGAAUAAUCCGGUGAGUGUGUGAAACGUCACCCAUUCCUUCUCUCCAGAGAUGCUGCCUGGCCCGCUGAGUUACUACAGCUUUUGGUGUCUACCUUUAGUACUGCAUGCAUGCUGCCUGGAUUAGAGAGCUUCAGCCACAGGGAGAGCUUGGACAGACUUAGAUUGUUUUCUCUGAAACGUCAGAGGUCGAGAGGAGAAGUAUAUGAAACUGUGAGAGGCACAGAUAAAGUAGACAGUCAGAGUCAGAGCCAGGGUGGAAAUGUCCAACAGCAGAGGGCACAGCGUGGGAAGGUUUAAUGGAGGUGUACAGUGCAGGCUUUUUUAACGUUUUAUUUUAGGAUUUUAAAGGCUUUUUUGGUUGUUAGGGAUUCUCAAAAGAUUUCCUUCUGGAUCUAAAGGGCCUGUCCCACUUAGGCGAUUUUUUUCGGCGACUGCCAUAGUGGCAACAGGUGGCCAAAAAUGUCCAAAAGGUUGAAAAUCCAGCGGCAACCAGAAAAUAGGUACAACUUUUUGGGCGACUACUCACGACCAGACGUGCUUCACCCUGUGACAUGUCGCCUGUAUGGCCUUUCUUUGACCAUUUUCAGCGACCUGCUGCGGCUAUGGCGGGUGCCGGCAAAUCGCCGAAAAAAAACGCGUAUGUGAGACAGGCACUUAAUUAGCGUGUCCAGCUUUUGUUGCAAUCCGUGUUGCCGCAGUGUUUACAUCUACAGUGCAUGAUCAGCUUUCAUUCUGACUGGGAGCCAAAGCACAAAUGGACUGCUUUGGCUUGGCAAGUCCCCUGGUUUCCCCUAAGUCACACGGAACGUCUGUCGAAGGGCCCGAGCCCAAAAUGUCACCUAGCCAUGUCCUCCAGAGAUGCUGCCUGACCUACCAGGUUACAGACCCACAUAGGGUUGCCAACUGUCCCGUAUUAGCUGGGACAUCCCGUAUAUUGGGCUAAAUUGGUUUGUUCCGUACGGGACCGCCCUUGUCCCGUAUUUGACCGCUACUACUCGGGUCGAGGGGGCUGUCGGGUCGGAGCACCACGUCCGGCCCCGCCUCACCCGUCCCGACGUAGUGCAUCCCAUGGAGUGCAGCAGCAGCAGCAGCAGCGC